AUGUCUAGUACUAUCAAGCCAGAUACUCCUUCCAACGGUAACAGUUCGAUCCCAGGAUCCAUGUCAUCCAGUUCUAAGCCUUCAAGAACCAGCACACCUGAUGGAUGGCAGGAAAUUGGCUUGUAUUGUUAUAAUGAGCAAGAUUUGAAAGAUAAGAAAUACCAUAUGGCGAGAUUCAAUAAUAAGAAUGAUGUUGAUAUUGUUCGUGAUUUCACUAAACCAGUAAGGUUACAUCGUAAAGAUCCAACAAACUUACAGUUCCAUUUGAGCAGGAAAGAAAUUGCUGCCAAAAAGCGUGAAGAACAACAAAAAGCUGCAGAGAAGGCUAUAAGGAGACAACAGCGUCUUGCAGGGAUCCCCGUACCUGAUGAAGAUGAUGAAGACGACGGAACCCCCGAGGGAAAGGUCAAGACUGAAGGAGGUUCUGAUGAAGAUAAAAUGGAUUUAUCUCAAGUUGCCCCAGAAGGUGGGGCUAGAAAUUUCAGAAAGAAUAUGUUCAAGCGUAAAACUCGUAGAGUUAAUUUAAUGAAUGAUGAUCAAAGACGUUUAAGAUAUGAAGAAUUUUAUCCUUGGGUUAUGGAAGAUUAUGAUGGACAGAAUGUUUACGUAGGAAAUUAUGAAGCAGGAGCCACCGAAACAACACAAGUUUUAUUUGUGUUUGAUAGUAAUGGGUUCAAAAUGGUUCCUGUUGAAAAAGUCUAUAAAUUCAAUCCAAGAAACAAGUAUGCUACUUUGACUUUAGAAGAAGCUGAAGCCAAAAUGGAGAAGAAGUCAGCCGUUCCAAGGUGGUUGAUGAAACAUAUGGAAGAUGAUUCCAACAAAGAUUACAGAUUCAAAAAUAAUGGAGAAGGAAGUAGUGGAGUUGGAUCAGUAAGAAACCCAGCAAUUCCUGAUUCCAGAAACAAUAGAAUGAGAACAGUUACAGGAGGUUCAAGUACUAAUAAUGAUAGAGAUUCAGAUCAUGAUGAUAUUGAUUUUGAAGAAGAAUUUGCCGACGACGAAGAGGCUCCAAUUAUGGAUGGUGACGAAGAAGAAAACAAAUUGUCUGAACAGAAGAUUAAAAGAGAAAUGUUGAAAGCCGCUCAUUUUGAUGCUGAAGAUGAUGCCAAAGAUGAUGACAAUUUGGACGAUUUAUUUGAAACGGAAAAAUCAAGAAAGAUCGAUAGAGAAGGUAAGAAAUUACGUAAAGUAUUAAACAAAACUGAAGGUGGUGUUUAUGAUAGUGACGAUGACGAUGAUAAUGCUAAUCCAUAUUUAUCAAGAUCGGAUUUGGAAAGUGACGAUGAUGACGAAGUGGAAAUCAAACAAGAACCAGGACUUGAAUCAUUAACUCCUUUAAAACCUCGUCAAAUCUUUGCCAAAAAUUAUGGAGAAGGAUUCAUUGUAAUCAAAGCUCCAGGUCAAUUCUUGAAAGAUUUUCCCAAAGGCGAAUGGUUACCCAAUGGCCGUAAAAGACCAAUGCAACCACUGGAUUCUCCAAAUAAGAAACAAAAACUCGACCGUGAAAAAUCCAAUUCCCCUACUCCUAUUACUGGAGACUUGAAUGAUGCAGGUGAUGGUUCUUUAGUAACUGUUAGAGAAGUAUUGGAUAUCCUCAGAGGUAACCCAUUAACUACCAAAGAGUUAUUAGGUAAGUUGCGUACAAGGGUUAGUGCAAACAAGGAGAAUAAAUCAAGAAUCAUUGACAUUGUCAGAAAAAACUUGAAAUUGUCUGACGGUAAGUUAGUUUUAAAAGAAUAA